AUGAGCUCGAACGUUGAACCAUACCACGUUGCCAUCCCCGAUUCGGCAAUCGAACGGUUGAAGGCAAAGCUUUCACUGGCGACAUUUCCAAGCGAAACGUCAAACGCCAACAAUUGGGAGUAUGGCGUGCCGCUUGAGGAUAUUAAGCGGCUAGCCAGCUUCUGGACGAGUUACGAUUGGCGGCAGGCUGAAGCCAAGAUCAACAAGCUACCUCAAUUCACCACGACCAUAUCGGUAGAUGGUCAUGAAGAUGCCUUGAAAAUUCACUUCGUCCAUCAAAAAGCCGAGAACCCGAACAGCAUUCCUCUACUCUUCUGCCAUGGCUGGCCAGGAAGCUUCCUUGAGGUUAUCAAGAUCUUGCCUCUACUGACGUCCUCCAAAGCGGGCGAUAGCAAUCUGGCUUUCCACGUCGUCGCUCCCUCCUUGCCCAACUACGGUUUCUCGCAGCGGACCUCGAAGCCAGGGUUCGGAAUCUCUCAGCAUGCGGAGGUGUGCCAUAAGUUGAUGCUACAACUUGGUUACAAUAGCUAUGUCACUCAAGGCGGCGACGUGGGAUUCUUCAUCACUCGUGCGAUGGGUUUCCUUUACCCGGAGCACGUCCUGGCGUCCCAUGUCAACUUUGUACUCGCUGCGCCUCCGUCUCCGCUCAAGACCCCGAUGUUGAUCUUACAGUACCUGAUCGGGAAUUAUACGGCGGCCGAGAAGGCCGGUCUCGAACGUACGCAGUGGUUCCGCAAAGAAGGCUCUGGUUACAACCAGGUCCAAAGCACGAAGCCUCAUACUCUGGGCUUUGCCCUGGCUGAUAGCCCCAUCGCCCUACUCGCCUGGAUCUACGAGAAGCUCCGCGACUGGUCCGAUGACUAUCCGUGGACUGACGAGGAGAUCAUCACUUGGAUCAGCAUCUACUACUUCAGCGAGGCGGGCGCUGAUGCAAGUGUUGACCUUUACUAUGAAAUCGUGCACCCCGAAGCCGCCACCAACGGACAAGGUGGCAGCCUGUUGAACCGUCCUAUAGGCGACUACCUGAAGUGGAAUCGCAUUCCCAUGGGCUUGUCGUACUUCCCCCAGGACGUAGUCGUGAUGCCCAGCUCGUGGGGCCGGACAUUGGGCCCUGUAGUAUUUGAAAAGAGGCACGAGGAAGGUGGCCAUUUUGCCUCAGUUGAGAAGCCAGAGUUGCUAGUGAACGAUGUCAAGAACUUUGUCAAGAAAGCUGGCAUUUCUCAGCAUCAGCGGAGCUAA